GUGCGCCGACCCCCCGGCCCAGCUCCCCGGUGCCGUCAGCUGAUCCGCCAUGGCCGCCACGCGCUACCGCCUCUUCCUGCGCCUGUGCGAGGAGUGGCGCCUCGAGCCGAGCAAGCGCGGCCGCGAUCUCGGCGAGCACCUCAGGGCGAGGGUCGCUGCGGCUUUCCGCGAGGGCGAACACACUCAGAUCGCCGACCCUGAAAAAUGCGACCAGAUGUACGAGAGUUUGGUGCGAAUGAACACGAACUACUUCCAGAAGAAGUACCCUCGCCGACAAAACACCAGCUUCACCGGGAUGACAGCUGAAGACUGCCGCCUCAUCCUGUCCACAGAUAACCUGGAGGCCAUGGAGGACAUAAAUAAAAGUUUUUUCAAGAAGUUUUUUGAGAAGUUUGCAAAUAAAAAUGCGGACGAGCAGGGCAAGCUGCAGCCGUAGGGUUUGUUUCGUUAUUCAUGUGGAACCAAGACCCCCAGUGGUGGCAGACUAAGAAAAGGAAUUGUUGAGCGUAUGGUGGGCAUCUCCAUGUAUUUGGCUGGAUGGUCACCUCGUGGUUGGCACGCUUGGCUACGUACCUGGCGACCUUGGAUUACUGAUCACCACCGACGUAGGGCGAAUGUGUGAACUAGUCCUGGGCCUCCCCUUGGUCAACUCAGACUUAAAUGAGUGUGCCUGAUGCCGUGCGUAAACAUCACUGGGGAGACAAAAGCGGUCAGACGUGAUCCUGGCCACACCACUCCCCCAUGGGUACUGGCUAAUGGCACUUGCCCCAAUAGCCUGUGUGGGCUACAUAGGAGAUCUGCGUGUAAUAUAUUAUAUGAUAAAAUAAAUGUCGUAAUACAGUGCUGGGAUGAAAUAAAACUUAUUUCACUA